AUGGUAUGUACCAGCACGAGCUCAAACUUUUAUUCCAUUGCACAAUAUAUUUUACAAUCAUACUUCAAGGUCAAUGUAGAUUCUCUAAACUCUCUGAAAUUGGUGGAUUUGAUAGUGGACCAAACUUACCCUGAUUCUUUGACGCUGCGAAAGCUGAAUGAAGGAGCAACGGGACAACCAUACGAUUAUUUCAAUACAGUUUCUCGUGAUGCUGAUAUCUCCAAGUGUCCAAUUUUUGCGUUGACCAUAUUUUUUGUUAUACGAUGGAGCCACCCAAACCCUCCAAUUUCAAUUGAGAAUUUUACUACAGUACCGUUGCUAGAUUCAAACUUUAUUUCUCUAAAUUCCAAUCCUUUACUAUAUAUUCAAAAUCAAAACCCAAACAGCAAUUCAAGUGUUAAAGUUUCAAGGUCACAAACGUUUGAACCUUCUAAAGAGUUGAUCGAUUUGGUAUUUCCAUGGCUGUCUUAUUUGAAGCAGGAUAUGCUUCUUAUUGAUAGGACGAAUUACAAGCUUUAUUCUCUCUGUGAACUAUUUGAAUUUAUGGGCAGGGUUGCCAUUCAGGAUCUCCGAUAUCUGAGUCAACAUCCCUUAUUACUACCCAAUAUCGUAACAUUCAUUUCAAAAUUUAUUCCUGAGUUAUUCCAAAACGAAGAGUUUAAAGGAAUCGGUUCAAUUAAAAAUUCAAACAAUAAUGCCCUGAACAAUGUUACAGGAAUAGAAACCCAAUUUUUAAAUCCAUCUACCGAGGAAGUGAGUCAAAAAGUUGAUUCUUACUUUAUGGAAUUAUCAAAAAAAUUAACUACAGAAAAUAUCAGGUUAAGUCAAGAAAUAACACAACUAAAAGCAGAUAUGAACUCCGUAGGCAAUGUUUGUAACCAAAUUUUGCUGUUGCAGAGACAAUUGCUUUCAGGAAAUCAGGCGAUCGGAUCAAAGUCCGAAAAUAUUGUGUCUUCCACAGGUGGGGGGAUAUUAAUACUAGAUAAAAAUAGCAUCAAUUCGAACGUACUGAGUAAUUUGGUUCAGUCGAUAGAUCCUAAUCACUCCAAGCCCAACGGACAAGCCCAAACACAUCAAAGGGGUCCGAAAGGACAAUCACAUGCACAGGUUCAAAGUACUAAUAGCCCUGCGCUAGCGCCAAUUAACAUGUUCCCGAGCUUAAGUAAUUCUAUACAGCCGAUGCUUGGCACCUUGGCUCCGCAACCGCAAGAUAUAGUACAGAAGAGGAAGCUACCGUUACCAGGUUCAAUAGCCUCUGCAGCAACAGGCAGUCCUUUUUCUCCAUCACCCGUUGGUGAGUCUCCCUAUAGCAAACGCUUUAAACUAGACGAUAAACCAACUCCGUCUCAGACGGCUCUUGAUUCCUUACUUACAAAAUCCAUUUCAAGCCCUAGAUUACCCCUUUCGACGUUGGCUAACACAGCUGUCACGGAAUCUUUUCGCUCACCUCAGCAGUUUCAGCAUUCUCCAGAUUUUGUAGUUGGUGGUAGCUCAAGUUCAACAACGGAAAAUAACUCUAAGAAGGUAAAUGAAGAUUCUCCAUCAUCUUCUUCAAAACUAGCUGAACGACCUCGUCUUCCAAACAACGACUCCACUACUAGCAUGCCUGAAAGUCCCACCGAGGUAGCUGGUGAUGAUGUUGAUAGGGAGAAACCGCCAGAGUCAAGUAAGUCGGAGCCCAAUGAUAACAGCCCAGAAUCGAAAGAUCCUGAGAAAAAUGGUAAAAACAGUAAUCCGCUUGGUACGGAUGCUGACAAACCAGUACCAAUUUCUAAUAUUCAUAAUUCUACUGAGGCUGCAAAUUCAAGUGGUACAGUGACAAAGACAGCUCCAUCAUUUCCGCAGAGUUCUUCUAAGUUUGAAAUUAUAAAUAAAAAGGAUACGAAGGCGGGGCCAAACGAGGCAAUCAAAUACAAGCUGUCCAGAGAAAAUAAAACAAUAUGGGACCUAUAUGCGGAGUGGUAUAUUGGUCUGAACGGUAAAUCUUCAAUAAAAAAAUUGAUUGAAAAUUAUGGCUGGCGAAGGUGGAAGGUUAGCGAAGAUUCACAUUUUUUUCCUACUAGAAGAAUUAUUAUGGAUUAUAUUGAAACGGAAUGUGAUCGUGGCAUAAAACUCGGCAGGUUUACUAAUCCUCAACAACCGAGGGAGGAUAUACGGAAGAUUUUAGUAGGGGACCUAGAAAAGUUCAGGAUAAAUAACGGUCUGACUCUGAAUUCUCUAUCAUUGUACUUUAGAAAUUUAACGAAAAAUAACAAGGAAAUUUGUAUUUUUGAAAACUUUAAAAAUUGGAACGUUAGAUCAAUGACAGAAGAAGAGAAAUUAAAGUAUUGCAAAAGGCGACAUAAUACACCAUCUUAA